GUUAAUGGCACUCAUCAAAGAAAUAUUUGUUGAUUUUAAGGUAAUUUUUUCCUCAGUGUAUGCGUGCGUUAGUACGUGCAUGCGACGUUUAAGAAAGUAAUAAAUACCAGAAUGUAUAACGGAUAACAUAUUUAACGAGAGAAUCUGCGCCGCGUCUCCUUUCGAUACAUCUCACUCCACAUUAUGACAGAAAAGCCGCGGACUUUCCCCGGACGUUUAUUUUGCGCGCGCGCGCACGAGGAAUUUCGGCUCCGCGGCGCCGAAUAAAAUUAAGGAGCCUCUUUUUUGCGCUUUCUGCAUACUUGUGUCGCGCCGGCGAUUUCCUAGAGCGUGUAAAUACGUUCCGGAUCCAUGGACUCUGCUCCUCCUCGUACUGACGUUACAAGAAACCCGGAUGGUAGCGGGCGGCCGAUAGUGGGGACGACACACCGACGCGCUUCGCGCUCGUCAUCGACGUGCAAGCGAACAUAAAACGAAGCGGCAAACGAGAUCGAGGCUCAGUGCUUACUAGGCGAUCGAUCGAUCGCCACGGACCCGCGCGAGAACAAACGACGAACUUGGCCGGUUGGUGUUCUGAUGACAACAACAGCCACAGCUGUUGCUGCACGCGUGUGAAGCGACAACACCCCCGCGCCGACGUGAAGCGAGUGAAGUCGCGUGAAAAGCGCACGGGAAAGCAAUCAGCAGCAGAAGAAGAAGAAGGGAGACACAAGAGUUCACGAUGACUAGCGGAACUUUGAUUCUUAUGAGGGUCACCACCUGUAUUCUGCUGGGCUGCAUGACGAUGCGAGUCACCGGCUCGGCAAUACCGAUGUGGGAAUUUCUCUCCAGAGAUGAGAAAAUGAGUCACCUGUACGAGCUGUUCAGCAAACAAGUGACACGGUUUUGCGCCGAUUCAUCGAGGCCGGACUGCAACAAGAACUUGCUGGUAUCCGGCAUACGGAGCCUCGCCGGCAUGGAUGACAAUGUCCUCGACAAGUUGGACCCUUACCAACGCGGCGCCAAAGAUAUGAUUUGGCAUGCCAUGGUGGGAAGCAACAGAUUCUCAUCGAGAAUCAGCCACGAGUCGGCCGACGAAUCCUACUUCACGACCGGAGCCGAUUUAUCAGCGAGCAGUGGCAGCGAGACAAACGGUCUCGGUGAGGAGAGCAUGGCCAACAGCGACUACGUACCAUCGUCGGAGCAGCACAGCGGCCCGUAUCUGGUCGGUCCGAUGGUGAUACGAGUCUAUCCGGACGGCCGACCGGUUCCGGAGGACCAGAAACGUCCGCUGCCACGCGACGAGGACGUGGACGAGCUGAGGUUCUCCCGUCUGCCAUCCGUGGAAGAGAUUGAGGCUCGCAGCGGCAGCACGUUCUACGGGAAGGGCCCGAAGGAGCCGGUCGGCAUGUCCUCCUCGCCGUCCUAUGCGGUCGACGAGGGACGUAGACGGCAGCAAGCACCAUCGGUAGUGCGUUUUCGCGGCGAGCCGUUGCCCUACGAGAGAAGGGCGAUCUUGCGAGGCGCGACGAUGAACGAACGCGGGCUGCGUUAUUAUUGACGAGCUGUCGAUCUCCCGUGUCUCUUAACGCCUUAAGGCGAGAGAUGCCGUGGAGCGUGUGAGACUCGUCUGUCCCGUUCCGCGACCACGACGAGGGAUUUUCCGCGAGCGGAAUGCCACGGCGAGAUGUCGCGAAGAUGAACGGCGUCGCGGUUAUCGCGGUAUGUUACGAUAUGGUACGCGGAGAACUCACAAAAAAGUGAGAGACAGAUGGCUGCGAUCGCGACGGACACGAGCAUGUCGUGAUCAACGAUCAUGAUCGAUGAUUAGAAGAAUGUGCAGCGAGUACUGCGAAGUUCGUCUGACAAGAGAGCCCGUGAUUUACGCGCGAGUCGCGGCGAUUGUGAGGGAAGUUGACGAUUGGUCGGUAAUUAGAUUCUUAAGAUAACAAGCGCGUCCGAGGAGGACACACGUGUACAGUCGUAGACUAACGACGACAACGCGGACAAUCGCCGACCAUGAGGAUCAUUCAGUGUUUUCACUUAUUUAAUUCCAUUCAUUUGCUAUUUAUUUAAUCGUGUCGAGAUGAGAUUGUCGUGAUUCAUCUCAAACUUCAACGGAGAACACUUGGAAGUGUUGGCGACACUUCGAUCAGAAAAGAAAAAAA